AUGAUAUCUUAGAACUAACUGGAAUCAUCAAAAAAUAAUGCUGGCAAUACAUAGUUUUGGAAAAAAACAGGUUAACCUACAUUUAUCGAGAGGCAUAGCGCUAAUUUGAUGAAAGCUUAAGACAAAGAAUAACUUAAAAAAGUAAAUAGAUCUUAUGACUUUAAUAGUAGUAGUUAGAAUGAUUAUUUUGUUCCUGAGGAAUAUGAUCCUGUAAAUAAAUACUUGCCAAAAUGCCUUAGAGAAUAAAAUAUUAGUCAAACACAAAAUAUAAAAGAUGUCUCAAAACUAUAAAAUUUAUAAUAAUACAUGAUACAAUAAAAUUAAGGUCUUCCCUCUAUAUAAUCAACUUAUAAAAAUGAAAAAAAGAAUAUUAAUAUACAAGCUUUAACGCCUUAAGAAAGAAAGAAAAUACUUUCUUUAGAUUUAACAAAAUUAAAUACUUAAAAUAUCUAAAAUAGCGAAUAAACAUAUCAUAAUAGUUACUAUAUAAAUGAGUAAAUGAGCCAAAAUAAUCCUGAAAAUGAGAUGGAGUUUCUUGAAUCUCCAAAUGUUAGUAAUUAUAAAGCUCUUAAUUAAAACCAAAGCAGUAGCAGAAGAGUAAGAGAGAGCUUAUUUUUAUUGCCUAAACCUAAUCAAAUUACUAAAGAUUAAAGGAAAGUACUUCUAGAUGACUUAGAAAAUGCUUACUUUAAAUUUAAGAAAGAACAUAAAAAGUAAAGAUUUUUCUCUUCAAAUUAGAGAAGCAGUUAGUAAAAAAUAGCUGAGUAAAUUAAAUAAGCCAACUAAUAAAGAAAUAAUAUAAAGCUAAAUCCACUAAAUAAUUAAAGCCUGAACAUGUCUUCAAUUAUCAAUUAUGCUGAGGCUUCUGAUUUGCUAGAGGAUAAAACAAUAGACUCAAAUAGAAUAUAAAAAAUAGUUAACUAGUAGGAUAUAAAGCUUAAACAGAGAAGAAAGCUAAGUAAUGAAAUAAGAGAAGAAAAUGGAAUUAAAUACCCUCUUAGACUUUAUAUGAUGAACAAUUACAGAAAAAUAAAAAUAGAUGAAAUUAUAAAAUAGAAGGGUAAUGUUGAAGCAACUUAAAAAAAUCCUAAUGAUGAAAAUUAUAUGGAUGCUAUAUGGAAGAACAUGCCAGAAUAUUAAAAAGUUAUUGAUGAUGAAAGAAAUAAAAGGGCUAAAGAAAUCAACAGCCGUAAAAUUGAGCAUACUCCUUUAUACAAUGUUUUAUCUUUAAAUAACUACUAAAAAAGAAAAGUAGAAAAACUAUUUUAAGGAGUAAUACCUUUGGAGUCUAGAUUUUAUGCAAUAAUUAAAAACAAAGACGAUAUUUAUUAUAAAAAACCAAUGCAUAAGGAUACUCUAUAAAAGCAGUCAUCAAAUAUUAAUAAAAAUACAAAGAUGAUAUGA